GUCAUCAAAUAUGUUGUGAAUAACAAGUAUAACUGUUAAAUAAAUGUAUUGGAGCCAUAAGUACGAUUUGCCUCUGGCGUGUAACUUAGUGGGAUUUGGAAAGAAUGGAAAUAUUCAGUACCUCAAAUUUGUACAUAAGUACAGUACUUUUCAACACUAUCACACUAUUUUUUUUCCACUUGUACUUACCUUAAUACAGCUUUAGAUAUACAGUUAGAUUAGUAUACAAAUUCUGUAUAGAUUUGAAUCAACGCUACCCCAACAAACAGAGAGGUACGCAGAGCUCAAGUCCUGCUGUGGGAGGGUCUCUGUUCUUACACCAUUUUCGCACGACUGUGGUCAGAUGAUCUGUCAUUGGCUACUCCGGCUGCUUCGUGAAAACUGCGCGGCUCUGAUUGGUGGCGGGGUUUGCCACAUGCUCAACACCAGCCAAUCGAGAGAGACCUCGAGGUAAAGUACGGUUGAGUUGGAAGGUUGACUAUAGUUAGCUUAAACGUUACCUGCUAAACACGGGAGGAGCCUCGUACAGUGUGUUUCAGGAUAUUAAGGCACAGUUUUAUCAAUGCAAUCAUCGGUUAACAUAUACAGCUAUGCCUGAGGAUAGUAUGGACAAGCCCAACAUAGUUACAUGUACUGCUCCGGUGAACAUAGCUGUCAUCAAAUACUGGGGCAAGAGAAAUGAAGAAUUAAUUCUACCCAUUAACUCAUCUCUGAGCGUUACUUUGCAUCAAGACCAGCUUAAAACAACAACAACAGUUGCAACCAGCAGAUCAUUUCAGGAAGACCGAAUAUGGCUCAAUGGUAAAGAGGAGGACAUAACCCAUCCAAGACUACAGUCCUGUCUUAGAGAAAUUCGCCGAUUAGCAAGGAAGAGACGUAAGGAUGGGGAACCCAGUUUGGAUUCAACUGGUUUGUCUCACAAAGUCCACAUCUGCUCUGUUAACAACUUCCCCACUGCUGCCGGGCUUGCCUCCUCAGCUGCUGGAUUCGCUUGUCUAGUUUACACCCUGGCCCGGGUGUUUGGCGUAGAGGGGGAGUUGUCUGAGAUUGCUCGACAAGGCUCAGGUAGCGCUUGCCGGAGUAUGUAUGGAGGAUUUGUCCAGUGGAUCAUGGGAAAGAAAGAUGACGGCAAGGACAGUGUAGCCCAGCAGGUGGAGCCAGAGACCCAUUGGCCUGAGCUCAGAAUCCUUGUACUAGUGGCCAGUGCAGAGAGGAAGCCAGUGGGCAGCACCUCUGGUAUGCAAACCAGUGUACAAACAAGCUGUCUUUUAAAGCACCGAGCUGCGUCUGUCGCCCCAGGCCGGAUGGUAAAGAUGAUUGAAGCGGUGCGGAGAAAGGACUUUGCUGCAUUUGCUGAACUAACCAUGAAGGACAGUAACCAGUUCCAUGCCACCUGCCUUGAUACGUACCCUCCCAUCUUCUACCUCAACAGUGUGUCUCAACAGGUUAUCAAUUUGGUGCAUCGGUAUAAUUCACACUACGGGGAGACAAGGUUGGCCUACACAUUUGAUGCAGGACCCAACGCUGUGAUCUUCACUCUACAGCAGCAUGUUCCUGAGUUUGUUCAGGUGGUUCAACAUUUCUUCCCCCCAGAGACCAACGGAGGACAGUUUAUUAAGGGCCUUCCAGUCAACUCUGCUGCUCUAACUGAGGAGCUGAAACAGGCUAUUGGUCUAGAGCCCAUGCCAAAGGGAAUAAGCUACAUUAUUAGUACCAAGGCUGGACCAGGCCCUUGUGUUGUGGAGGAUCCCACUCAGCAUCUACUUGGAUCUAAUGGGUUGCCGAAGAAAACUGAGUGAUGCCACGCAGCCCUAAUUGGACAAAGUUCCUCUGAGCAAUAAUGAAGCCAAUUCAGGAGAGAUGAAUCAUCAUUAAUCAUUAUGUAACUAGGUUUUUACAAAUCACAGCAACACCAGUCACCUCCCUUAACAUUGUGGACGCUAAAAUGUCUUCUUUAAUUAUCAAACUGUAGUGGUGUGUUUCUCCCCAUCUCUUUUUCACUCAUUAUUCCUGUAUGAUCCUGUAUAGCGCUCUUGAUUUCUCAGUAUCUCCAUAUAGAUACUGUUUCAGAGGUAAAUGACUAACAGGACUUUAAUUGUUUUUAUUUUCAUCUUGUGAAAACACAGUUUCAGCCCUACAGUACAUAUUGGAGUUAUGUCAAUGUCUCUAACAAUAAAUAAAAUAUAUUUUAGUCAAUAUAA